GGCAUAAAAGGAGCCCUGCCAUCUGCAUUGAUCUGGACCCUGACCCGUCCGUUGUCAAUUGCUGGCAUUCCCUGGUGGAGAGCACCCUCAACAUGCGCGUCUCUUCGGCCCUUCUUUCCGCCCUUUUGCUUUCCAGCACUUCGCUGGCAACUCCGGCCCAGGUUUCCUCAUCCGUGGCCAUCUCUACACAGGGGAGCCCGGCGCCAGAGGAACAUGUUGCAGCACAAACAACUGCAGCAGCAGAGGCAACUGCGGCGGCGGCAGCCUCGGCGGCAGCAACUGGUGCAUCUGAGCAGACGGCCAGUACCAAGCAGCAGCCAGACAGCGAUGUUGGUGCCGACCAGCAAACCGCGAAUGCUGCCACUCAGCAGUCAUACGCAGACACAAACACAAACACAAAUACCGGUAACCAGCAGCCAUCUGCCGAUGUAGCUGGCCAGCAAACCACCCCCAGUGCCGUACAGCAAACAGCCGCAGCUCCGGAUUCGUCAAGCCAAACAACCGCUACCCAGUCACAGGGUGGAGAUCUUCUUGGUGGACUGGUGGGUGGAAUCCUAGGUGGUGGCUCCAGCCAAAAUGCUGGAGCAAGCAGCAGUGCUGCCGCAUCCCCCUCAGCAGCAGGUCUUGGUCAGUCUGCCACCUCCACGCAGGAUGCCGCGUCUUCCGCAACGACGAGUUCUUCCUCAUCCGCAGGCGGCUCUUCCGGAAAUCUCUUGACAGACAUUGGUGAUGGCCUCGAUGGCCUCCUAGGUCUUUUGUCGCCAACAUUCUUGAAGAAUGUCGAGUCGUUCUUCAACCACUUUGCAUAUCUCUUCGACGAUAAGACUACCGACCAGACGAAGUCCCUGAUCGACACUGCUUACAACCUACUCACCAAGCAGUUGAUCACUGAAUUGACCGGUCUCCUCAACAACGCAAACAGCCUAUUGACGCCGAACUUUGUGAACGAGACCCAGCAACUGAUCAACUCGGUUGGCCCGCUUGUCACGCCACAGUUGUUCAAGAAGGUCUCUACCCUGCUCGAUAAUGGCAACAACCUUUUGACUGCUGAAUUUGUCAAGGAGGUUAACGGCCUUAUUGGCAAUGCAAACAACUUGUUGACAGCCGACUUCGUGAAGGAGACGCGUGAGCUUAUCGAAGCUGUCUCUCCUGUACUGACACCAGAGCUACUUGGUGAAGUCGGCACACUGCUUAACAACGCCAAUGAUCUCCUGACUGCAGACUUCGUUAAGGAAACGAAGUCGCUCAUCAGCGCGGUCGGCCCGAUCCUGACUCCAGAACUGCUGAAGGAGGUUAACACGCUAUUGACUAAUGCCAACAGCUUGUUGACCGCAAACUUCGUUAAGGAGACAACGUCUUUGAUUGACACGGUCGCGCCUAAUUUGACACCAGAGCUGUUCAAGGAGAUCAACUCGGUCCUCAGCAAUGCCAAUGGCCUCUUGACACCGGGCUUUGUCAAUGAGACUCAAUCUUUGAUCGAAACUGUUGCUCCUAACUUGACCCCCGAAUUAUUCAAGGAGAUCAACUCGGUCCUGGGCAACGCUAAUAGCUUGUUGACCACCGACUUCGUAAAGGAAACCAAGAGCUUGAUCGGCGCCGUUGCCCCUGUACUUACACCAGCUGUUCUCGCAGAGGUUGCUGGCUUGUUGGGCAAUGCCAAUGACCUGCUCACACCGACAUUCGUUAACGAGACUCAGGGCUUGAUUGGCGCCGUGGCUCCAGUCUUGACCCCUGCUCUUCUGAAGGAAGUUGGCAGUCUCUUGGGCAACGCCAACUCUCUGUUGACCACCGGAUUCGUUGAUGAGACCCAGACAUUGGUUGGUAAUGCGAAUGACCUACUGACGACCGAUUUCGUCAAGGAGACCCGGAGCUUGAUCGGUGAUCUUUCACCGGUCAUCACACCUCAACUGCUAUCAGAGGUCUCAGGUUUGCUCGACAAUGCGAACUCCCUAUUGACAGCGAAGUUUGUCAAUGAGACGCAAGGAUUGAUCGACGAUCUCUCGCCAGUCAUUACACCUGAGUUGCUCGGCGAGGUCGGCGGACUUCUCGGCAACGCAAACAAGCUUUUGACCACCAAGUUCGUUGAAGAGACCCAGAACCUGAUUGAUAGUGUAGCACCUGCAAUCACUCCUGCUCUCCUCACGAAGGUGAACUACUUGCUGGGCAACGCAACGAAUCUGUUGACACCUAAUUUCGUCAAUGAGACAAGCAACCUCAUCGACGAAGUCUCGCCGAUCCUGAGUGAAGUUGCGCCAAUCCUUACACCCGAAAUGCUUGGCGAAAUCGGCGGCCUCCUUGGAAAUGCCAACGACUUGUUGACUUCGAAGUUUGUCAACGAAACGCAAGUACUCGUUGAGGACGCUUCUGAGUUGCUUCCCGCUCUGGUUAAGGUCUUAGGAUCGCUGUGA